CGGCGGCGCCGCUAAGACCCAGAGGGCGCUGCGGGCAGCGGGGCGGGCGGAUCGCAGCCGCCGCGGCUCCAUCGCCGCCACAGAGAAAGGGGAAGCGGAGGGGAAGGGAGGAGGGAGGCAGGGCCGGGGCGGAGGGCCCCCCCGGGAUGGACAUGGCCUGACCGGGCUCCGCAGCCCCCCGCGGGCCGGUGCAGGUGUGCGGCGGCCCCCCGCGGCGCCCCCUCCCCACGCCGCGGCAGGCGGCGAGGGGCCGCGGCGGGCGGGGGGAGCGGCGCUGGCGGCGGCGGGCGAUGCGGCGCGGCCCGGGGCCGGCAUGCUGAGGACGGAGGCAGGCGGCGGGGCGGCCGCCGGCGGGGGGGCUCCCUCCGGCGGGGCAGCGGGCGGCGGGGGGCUGCGGAGCGCGUCCCCCCACCGCAAUGCCUACGAGGCCACCAUCCAGGCCCUGGCGCCCACAAAGGAGGCUGACGGAGAAGACGGCAAGAAGAGCCGGGGUAAGAAGUAUGGCUCCAACGUCCAUCGCAUCAAGAACAUGUUCCUGCAGAUGGGGACGGCGCCCGGCCCCGAGGGCGCCUGCGACCUGGCCAAGGCCAAGGAGAAGCCCGUCCGCCUCUCCUUGCCCCGCGCCGGCAGCCUCAGCGAGAGCAUGGACCAGGGCAGCCUUCUCAAGCUGGGCACCAGUGUCUCGGAGAGGGUCAGCCGCUUCGACUCCAAGCCCGACAAGCCCUUCUCCAAGCUGCAGGAGACCCGCAAGAUCUUUGAGAGGAGCCCGCAGGAGAAGGCCACCACCACCAAGCUCUUGCUGCGCAAGGAACGAGCUGGCUUCCAGGACCGUAAGCUGGACGUGGUGGUGAGGUUCAACGGCAGCACCGAGUCCUUGGACAAGCUAGACACCGAAGCCGUCUCGCCCACCGUCAGCCAGCUCAGCGCUGUCUUCGAGAAGGCCGACCUCCGAAACAACCUGCACAAGGCGCCCGGACGAGCAGGAGGACCGCUCAAUGCCAAGGUGGUGGGCAAGCGACCCCGCGUCUUCUUGCCAAGCCCCGAGGCUGGGCGGCUGGGUGAUGGCCACGCUGCCCUGGCCCGCAGCCGGCCGCCGGAGGAGGAGAAGGCAGUGGGGAAGAGCGGCCGGCCGGCGGAGAAGGAGACGGCUGCCCCACGGGUGCAGGAGGUCUGCAAGAUCAAGCCGGUAGAGGUGGAGGAGAGCGGCGAGGCUGAGGAGGAGGAGGAGGAGGCGACGGUGGCAGGCGAACCAGUGCCUGCACCCCAGCCGGCUAAGGGGGCCGAGGGUCAGGUGCCCACCGCUCCCCGGCUGGAAGGGGGCUUGGGGGCAGCUGCAGGCGAGGAGGGCGUCAAGGGCGAGCGGGCGGAGGAGGGCGAUACCUACGAGGAGGCCAAGAAGGAGGACUUCUCUGAGGCGGACCUGGUGGACAUAAGUGCCUACAGUGGGCUCGGGGAGGACUCGGGGGGCAGUGGGCUGGAGGAGGAAGAGGAGGCUGAAGGGCUGUACGAGCCCGAGUCAGGCUGUGUGGAGAUCCCUGGGCUGUCUGAGGAAGAGGAGCCUGUCCCCAACCGCAAGAUCCAGUUCAGCACAGCCCCCAUCCAGGUCUUCAGCACUUACUCCAACGAAGACUACGACCGCCGCAACGAAGAUGUCGACCCCAUGGCCGCGUCGGCCGAGUACGAGCUGGAGAAGAGAGUGGAGCGGCUUGACCUCUUCCCUGUGGAGCUGGAGAAAGACUCCGAAGGGCUGGGGAUCAGUAUCAUUGGCAUGGGCGCAGGGGCCGACAUGGGCCUGGAGAAGCUGGGCAUCUUCGUCAAGACGGUGACAGAGGGUGGGGCGGCCCACCGGGAUGGCAGGAUCCAGGUGAACGAUCUCAUUGUGGAGGUGGACGGCACCAGCCUGGUAGGGGUGACGCAGAGCUUCGCCGCCUCCGUCCUCAGGAACACCAAGGGCCGUGUCCGGUUCCUCAUUGGGCGGGAGAAGCCAGGGGAGCAGAGUGAGGUGGCGCAGCUGAUCCAGCAGACGCUGGAGCAGGAGCGGUGGCAGCGGGAGAUGAUCGAGCAGCGCUACACCCAGUACACUGAGGAUGACGAGGAGACGGGCGAGUACGCUACAGAUGAGGAGGAGGAGAUGAGCCCCAUGUUCCCCAGUGGGGAGAUGGCCAUUGAGGUGUUUGAGCUGGCCGAGAACGAGGACACACUCUCCCCUGUGGAGAUGGACCCUGAAAAGCUGGUGCACAAGUUCAAGGAGCUCCAGAUCAAGCAUGCCGUCACCGAGGCCGAGAUCCAGCAGCUGAAGAGGAAGCUGCACUGCCUGGAGCAGGAGAAGGCGCGCUGGCGGGCUGAGAAGGCCCAGCUGGAGCAGAGCGUGGAGGAGAACAAGGAGCGGAUGGAGAAGCUGGAGGGGUACUGGAUGGAGGCACAGAACCUCUGCCAGGCUGUGGAUGAGCACCUCAAGGAGACCCAGGCCCAGUACCAGACCCUGGAGCGCAAGUACAGCAAGGCCAAGAGGCUCAUCAAGGAGUACCAGCAAAAGGAGAUAGAGUUCCUGAAGAAGGAGACGGCGCAGCGGCGGGUGCUGGAGGAGUCGGAGCUGGCGCACAAGGAGGAGAUGGAGAAGCUGCAGGAGAAGAUCUCCGAACUGGAGGCCAAGCUGCAGACUUUGAAAAAUUCCAACCCGACUUAAACCACCCUCAAACCACAGCGAUUUGGGGGGGGCUUCUCUCCCCCAGCCCUGUCCCCGUUCCCUCCCCCCCUUCCCACCAGGGAGGAGCCAAGACCCCCGCCAAAGCCCCCUGGUGCCCCCCACUCCCCCCUGGGGGCACAGACAGCAAAGGGGGGAGCAGGGCACGUCUUGGGGGGGGUGGUGGUGGUGUCCGGGGGGUGGUGGGGUGGUGCGGACACCCCGCGUUCGUGUCUGUGUCCAGUGUGAGUCUCGUGGUGACGUGAUGGACCAAUUGGGGUGGGGGGCAUGCCCCCCCUCCCCGGCCUCCCCCUUCCCUUCAACUUGACCCCCUCUUCCCCCCGGACACAGAGCUGGCACCCCAGAGAGCUGGCACCCCGGUUGGACGCUGUUGGGGGGGGGAGGGCAGACAGAACUGCCCCCCCAACAUGUGAGCCAUACUGGGCAGCGAAGCGGGGGUAUGCUGGAAGCGCACCCCCCGUCCCCCCCUGCUGUCCCCAGCUCUUCCUCUUGGGACUCACCUGGAGCACCGGCUGGGAAGGGGCUGGUUGCCUUUGCCCCCCCGCCCCUGCGGACUUACCCCGGUCCCACAGCGAGGUGCCCCCCUCGGGUUCUGUGCCUGGGACACCACGGACCUUCGCCAUGGAGGGGGGGACCCAAAGUGCCCCCCCACCCCCACCCCACCCGUGCCACCACCACCGGGCCAGAAGGAUCCCCUCAGCCUUUGCCAACCUCUGCAGUGGGCAUGGGGGUGACACCAGCCCCUCCGCAACCCCCCCGGGGAUCUGGGGGCUUCCUGGUACCCCACUGCAGGGGCACGGCUGGGGGGGUUGCCCCCAGGGCCCCCUAGCACCUGCCACCACCCUCCCCAAGCCCAGGGCUUUCGCCUUCCCUGGGGGUGGGGGGAAUAAUGCACAGGGGUCCUCCUCCAGGGUGGGGGCGAUGCUCUUACCCCCCCAACUGUAAAUACCUCCCCCCCCCAAUAAAUCACAGUAUUUCUCUGGGGCUGGGACGAACCCCCCCACUGGCCAACCCCAGCUGGGUAGGGGGGUCCCAGCCCCUCGGCCCAGGGGGAAUCCCUUUAUUUUCGUUUCUAUUUUGCCCCCUCGCCCCUCCCCCCCAAAGUACCGAGUCUCCGACAGUAACUGGAUGUGGGGGCAACUGGGAGCCAGAGCUGGUUAUACUGGGAGGGGGAGGAGGAGGGCACGGGCACGUGGGAGGG